ACAAGAAAUGAAGGGGCUUAGAAUUAGUUUCAUAAUUUUUCUCUUAGAAUUUAGUCAGGCCAUCGACUUUUGCAAAAUAGCCUCGUGCCAGGGCACUGAGCACCUUGGAUGCAAUAACACUAUGAUGUUCGAUAAAAGAUGCUUGCGCUUUAACAGUCUGGUUAAUAUUGGAAAGUUCCGCCGAUACUUACUGACCAUGCACAACAAAUACCGCGAGGAUGUGGCCAGUGGGUCGCUCGAGUAUUUGCCGCCGGCCCAAAGAAUGCCAGAGCUGAUGUGGGAACCCUAUUUGGCUGUCCUGGCCGAGUAUCACCUGAAAACCUGCCUGGAGGACCUCCCCGGACAGCCGUGUGUGGCCACUGAUGACUUCCCGGAUCCGAAAUCAAACUAUGCCGCUGACAUCUACCCCAGACCCCAACUUCCUGAGUCGAAUGUCCGCCAGAUGACCAUUCUCACCGAGGAGUGGAUGGAUGAGAUAUACGACUUGAGGGAUAUUAGCUGCGAAUCAGCAGGCUAUGCCAUCAGGAACAUUAUCAACGACAAGGCCGCCUACAUGGGCUGUGCCGCUGGCAAGGACUACGACUUGCGGAACAUCCACUUUGCGCUCGUCUGCUACUACAGUGCCGGAGCCCCGGAAGGAAGUAGUCUGUACGAUGCCGGGAAGUUCAAUGCCAGCUCCUGUCCCCACGGACCCAGUGGGGCUUACCCAAACCUCUGCCAGACCCUGCCCCUGAAUGACUAAGUGGCAGCAUCUCCGGAAAAAAUAAAUAUUGCAAAGGCUAUGGGUAUAAUUAAAUGUGGGAAACACUUUGCCAAUUUGCAAGGAAGAACAGUGGUGCGUUUUAGUUCUUUUGCAAGAAAUUUGAUUUGUGAUUUUGUUAAAAACUGUAGGUUAUGAUAAAUAUUUAGAAAAUAAAGGAUAGUAACUGUA